AUGAGAUGAGCCCAUUAGUUACUUAGGGUUUCACACAUCUCCUCAUCAGCCGUCACUCCCCUCUCCUCUUUCACUGUCUUUCUCUUUCCUCAAGAUUCAUUCUCUUUCACUCUCUUUACCACCUCUCCUUACCUCCAUAUUUCCUUUCCUCUUGAUUAUGUGUUUUUUUUUAAAUUUAUGUUUUGUUUUUGCUACUAGAUCUGUAGCAAUUAGAUUCAAAUUGGUAGAAUUUUUGGGUUUUAUUAUUGGAUUUUAAUCUGAAAUUUAUUUGAUGCUAGUUUAUCGAUUUGUCGCCCUGGCGCUGCUUCCAAAGCUAGGGUUUAUUCCGAUGUUAAUGUUGUUAGAACUAAUUGUCCUUGUAUUCGAACUUCUUCCAAAAUUCGGUGUCGUUUUAGCUCGCCGAAUGAUGGUGAUAGCAUUACUGGUAAUUUUGAAGCCGAUGAUGCUGAUUACGUCAAUUCUACUGUCCUCGAAGCUGUUUCUCCUGUUGAAGUACUCAUUCGAAUUAGGCUUUGGCGUGUGUUGAUGGUUUCGUGCUUGCUCCGGUUAUGGUGAUUGAAAACCAACAUUCACGUGUUCCAAUAUAAAAAGACUAGCUAAAAUUUUAGAACGAGUAAAUAGGAUUAUUGGGAUUACGAGGCUCUUACUGUUCAAUGGGGUGAAUAGGAUGAUUAUGAGGUGGUGAGGAAGGUUGGGAGAGGGAUGUACAGCGAGAUUUUUGAAGGUGUUCAUUGUACUAAUAAUGAGAAAUGUAUCAUUAAGAUCCUCAAACCUGUCAAGAAGAAGAAGGAGCUUUGCUACUGUUGGUGUGGAUCCUUCUGUUAUUGGGUUUGGCCCAGCUUUUGCCAUUCCUGGUGCUGUCAAAUCUGCCGGGCUAAAGCUUAACGAUAUCAAUCUAUUUGAGAUAAAUGAGGCCUUUGCAUCUCAGUAUGUUUACUGUUGUAAAAAGCUGAACCUCGAUCCAGCGAAACUUAAUGUUAAUGGGGGAGCAAUAGCCCUUGGACAUCCCUUGGGAGCUACAAGUGCCCGGUGUGUAGCUACUUUACUUAAUGAGAUGAAACGCCGAGGAAGAGAUUGUCGUUUUGGAGUCAUUUCCAUGUGCAUAGGAAAACUAAGAUCAAGUAUGGGCCCUUCAGCAAGAGAUUGAAUUGAUGCAGCAAUAGCUUUGGCCUAAGAAGAAUCAACGAAGCAGAAGGUUUGGACUAAGAAGAUCAUUGAAAAGUUAAAUAGCUUUGGACUAAGAAGAAUCAAUGUAGCAGAAGGUUUUUAGUUUUAAUUAUUUAGGCAAUAAUAAAUGUUUUUUUUUUUUUUUUUUUUUUUGCUCAUUGUAUAAAUAUGAAGUACUAUUUUUAUCUCAA